ACGAAGCUUCCCCAUGGCUGAGUGGGGUCGGCCGCGCUCAGCUGGCCAGAAGGCCCGGGGUCCCCGCGCCUCCCGGAAAGCUGCAGGUACUAAAGAGACAAGUGUCUUGAAACAAGAAGAUGCGUUUAAAAAGAAAACAGAACUAGAAGCAGCUGUGAAAAAGAAGAUUGAGUUUGAGAGAAGAGCUCUACAUAUUGUUGAACAACUUUUAGAAGAGAAUAUUACAGACGAAUUCCUAAUGGAAUGUGGGAAGUUCAUCACACCUGCUCACUACAGUGAUGUCGUGGAUGAGCGUUCUAUUAUCAAACUCUGUGGUUAUCCUUUGUGUCAAAAGAAGCUGGGAAUUGUACCAAAACAGAAGUAUAAAAUUUCUACCAAAACCAAUAAAGUCUAUGAUAUUACUGAAAGAAAGUCUUUUUGCAGCGAUUUUUGUUAUAAAGCAUCCAAGUUUUUUGAAGCACAAAUUCCCAAAACUCCAGUAUGGGUUCGAGAAGAAGAGAGGCAUCCCGAUUUUCAGCUGCUGAAGGAAGGACAAAGUGGCCAUUCAGGAGAGGAAGUACAGUUAUGCAGUAAAGCCAUUAAAACAUCAGAUAUUGAUAAUCCUGGUCAUUUUGAAGAGCAAUAUGAAUCUAGUUCUUCUAGCACUUGUAGUGAUUAUACCAGUGAUAAUGAGCAAGACUUUGUUUCCUCCAUUCUACCAGGAAACAAACCAAAUGCAAUGGGUACAAGGCCACAGUUACACCAAAAAAGCAAAAUGAAAAAGCAAGUUGGUGAAAAAGCUAACUCCAAACACAGAGACAAAGAACAGACAGUAAUAGAUGUCACUGAGCAGUUAGGCAGUUGCAUAUUGGAUUGUCAGGAGAAAGCUGCUGAUUGUGAACUUCCUUUACAGAAAGUAAAUACUCAGAUUUCUUCAUGUAGUCCUUUGCAUGAAAGAUUAAAAGCUUCAGGAAAUUUUGAAAAUAAAUACAUGUCAGAAAUAACUUUUGUUGGCAUAAGUAAGAAAAGUGCUGAGCAUUUUAAGACCAAAUUUGCCAAAUCAAACCAAAUUUCUAAGUCAGCCUCUAGUUCCAUGCAGAUGUGUCCUGAAGUUGCAAAGACAAACUUACUUAAAAUUCUAAAACAGACUUUGAUUGAAUGGAAGACAGAAGAAACUUUGAAGUUUUUGUAUGGCCAGAAUUAUGCUUCUGUGUGUCUGAAACCCUCUCCAGCCUCUCUGGUUAAUGAAGAACUUGAUGAAGAUGACAUAAACUCUCACCCAGAUAGCCAUUCCCCUGUUUUGGUGGAAUCUCAGAAUAGCCUGGAUGAAUCUUUACCUUUCAGGGGCUCAAAUGCAGCCAUUAAACCACUGCCAAGUUAUGAGAACUUGAAAAAAGAAACUGAAACAUUAAAUCUAAGGAUCAGGGAAUUUUAUAGAGGACGAUAUGUUUUGAAUGAAGAAACCACCAAAUCACAAGACUUGGAAGAGCAUGAUCCCACCUUUCCACUGAUAGAUUCAAGUUCCCAGAACCAGAUUAGAAAACGCAUCGUUCUUGAAAAAUUGAGCAAAGUAUUGCCUGGACUUUUGGGUCCUCUUCAGAUUACAUUAGGAGAUAUUUAUACUCAACUCAAAAAUCUUAUCCGAACUUUCAGAUUAACAAAUAGAAAUAUAAUACACAAACCUGUGGAAUGGACUUUAAUUGCUGUGGUGUUGCUGUCAUCAUUGACCCCAAUUCUUGGCAUUCAGAAGCAUUCUCCAAAAAAUGUGGUGUUUACACAGUUCAUAGCCACCCUGCUUGAAGAAUUACAAUUAAAGAAUGAAGACCUUGAAAGUUUAACCAUCAUAUUUAGAACUAGCUGUUAACCAGAGUGGUAUAAUUCAGGAAGACAGACUAGAAGAUGAACUUCUACUUACCGUAUCUGGAAUUCGAGUUAUAGUGAUGGUUGGUGGUGACUGAUAAUUAGCUUUGUUCUAACAACAGCAUUACUUUCUCAGAUUUCAUCCCACCCAACCUCCCACCUCCCUGUUCCUAACUGCAGAAGAUAACUUCCCCAGAUACAGGAAAACAUUACUGCAACAAGGCUAACCAACUCCUUGCAAUCUACCUACAAGAGAUAGUUGGGUUUUUUUAAUUUGAAAAAAAAAUAAUAAUAAUAGGGCUGGAGUUGUGACUCA